AUGCAACAAAUCCCUCUUUAUUUAUCACAAUCGACGGGAUCGAUAGAGAGACUAUCGACGGAUUCGUCUUUGAAAAAAAACAAACGACAAUCGUCGCCGACGGUGAAAAAUGGAGAUGAUAAAUCGACAAAAGACAAAGAUCACAGUCUCAAACUGGAGAAAAAAGAUUCCAAAAAUAAGGAAAACAUAUUGAAAGGUUCUAAAAACGAUAUAAAUAUCGAUUUUAAAAAUCCGAUAUUGGCUCUGGCGACGCAAGAAGGUGAAAUGAGUCUGAGACAAUUCUCCAGCGUCACGGAAUUACUUGGAAAAUUAAAAGUUGACCUUAAAUUGUCUUUUCCCAGUUUCGUUCAAGAAUUCGUAGGAGAUCCAGUUGACGGGAUCACGCUUUUACUGGAAUUGUUAAGAGCUAUACAAUUGUCGCAAGCGACGCAACAACAAAGGCGACCACCUCAGAUAUUUCGAAGAGCUUUACUAGACGAACAUUCUUGUCUCGUUUGUUUGAAACAUUGUUUGCGUUGUUCUGAUGCCACGAGAAGGUUGGCCUCAUCUUCCGCCGGACUUUUCACACUUGCCGUUUGCAUUAUGAGUAAUGUUACGCAAUCGAGAAUAAUUGCUUUGGAGGUGACUUGCGAAAUACCGAUAAUCGGUCACAAAGCUGUUUCCGAAUCUUUGUCAACUCUCAGAUUAAGAUUUGGAGAACCCGUUAGGUUUAGAUUUUUGGUUGGAAUGUUGAACAGCGCAGGAACGAUCGAGUUGUUGGCGAUCGCCAUGAAAUUUAUAAAUGUUUUCGUGGAUACCGCACCAAACAUUCAACAAAAGGUUUACAUACAAGCCGAAUUGGAACAAGCAGGAUUCGAUUCGAAAGCUUUGCGAAAGACUCUUCCGUGCAAUUCCGAGAGUGUUAAAAUAGAACUUAGCAGAUGGGAUAAAAGCUACUUCGACGUUGAAAAUUUACAAAACAGAGUGGAAGAAGUCGAUACACUUACUGAAAAAAUUCAAUUAUUGGAAAAAAGGAUAGAGAUUUUACAAGAGGAAAAAGGAAUUUUACAAUCUCUCGAACAAUGUUUAAAAGAAAGAUGUUCGGAGUUGGAAGAGGAAAUGAGCAUAAAAACAAACACGACGAAUAAAACUCCUUUGACGAAACCUUUUCUCAAUUACAAUUCGCAGGCAAACAAAAGAAGUACAGAAAAGGGUGAAUCCACUCCGGCUGAGGACGAAGGUAUCAGUUCGUCGGAGCAAGAAUUAUCUCAAGACGAAGAUUACACCAAGGCUAGAAAUAUAUACGGUAAUUCGAACGAAUUAAAACAAAAUUUAAAUUCAGAUGAAUCUCGAAGGAUCGUGAACAAAGACUCGAACAAGUGCCAAGAGAAAUUAAUAACGAAUAAUUGUACGACAAAAAAUUAUAAAAAUAUUCGGUGCGGCGGCGGUAAAAUGAAAGAAACGAACGUGGACGACGGUAACGAAAUCAUUAGAAUGGAAAGGGAAAGCAAUGACGAAGACGAAACAACAAUCGACGAAGUCAUAGAAGAAUUGGAAAACAUCGUUAACGAUGCUAAAACGGAAGCUUAUGCAAACGAACAAAUCAUAAAAACAAACGCGAGCGAAAAAAUCAAUUCGUGCGAUGCCGCCGGUAAAACGACCAAACAGGAAAUGAUAAUGACGGACGCUAUUAAAAACGGAACGAUUUCCGCUCGAUUUCCGGAAAAGGAAAUUUUCGAAGAAACGGAAAUCAUACCGUCGUAUUUACACCCGCAACCUCCGAGAAAAGCUAAAAGUUUGGUACACAUAUAUUUUCCGAGUAGAGAUUUCGAUGGGUACGACCACCAUCACAACCACCACCAUCACCAUCACGUGAAAAGUGGUGAAUUCUUCGACGAAGACACUGAUACCGAAUCAUCCGAUUCUCUACUCACGGCAACGCGGGAAAAAAAAUCAAUGAACAAAAGUUGUCGUAGGUCUCUGAACGUAACCGAUAGUUUUGGAUCCUUUUCAAGCACGAACACUCGAAGUCUUUUCAUAAAACACGAAAAAGAAGACGAUGAUUACCAAGAUGAGAACGAAUUGAAAAUUCGCGCGAAGAUGCAGGGCUACGAAGAAAGAAACAUUGACGAAGAAGAAAUCAAACGGAAACAUUUAAAAAUAAAAAACAAUCAAUUUAAUUCGGCGGAAAAUUCACCGGUGAGAGUGGAAAAUUUUUCCUCGCAGUUUUUCUUCAAGGACAACAAAUUCAUGGGAGACGUGAGAAAAACAAUUCAAAAAGAUUUUAUUAACGAUAGAAUAAUGAAUAACAGAUCGACCGAUAGAAUACACGAUAACGGAUUCAAUAAUUUCUACGAGAAGGCAGCGUUUUUUCAAAGCUUUAAUAAAUUUAAUAAUAAUAAUAAUAAUGGUAACGUCGACGGGAAAAAAUUCGUGCAUGAAAAUUCAUUUAAAAGAUCCCCGCAAAAAAUUAUCGCGCCGACGCCGGUCAAAAGAAGUCAAACGUUUCACAUAACGACGACGACGACGACGACGACGUCAUCAGAAACGGAUCCCUAUUACAAACGUGGUACCCCCAAACCUAAAAUGGGAGUGAGCGGUAUAGAUUUUCAAAGAAACAUGGAACUCAAAGCGAAAAAUGAUAAUUUGAGAUAUUCCGCCGUAUCCGAUUAUAAAAAAAACAUGGACGCGAACGAUAAACGUUCGAAGAAAAUUUUAAAAGAAUCUCUAAGCACGGAUACCACCACCACCACCACGUACGGGUACUACGAAAACGGAUCUCAAAUACGUAGAAGAGGAAGUUUUAACAGUGCGUUAAACGUCGUGGAAAUCGAAAGAGAUCGUCUCACACCGAACGGCGAUAAUUUUUUUUUCACUAAUAAUAAUAAUAAUAAUAAUUGCGGUAAAGAGAUUUUGUUGGAAAAACCGUGCGCAAAAGCGAGAUCGAAAAGCUUGGAAAAAAUGGACGAAGGUUUGGAUUCACUCGUGGAUAUAGUUUACGACGAAACGAAAAAGGGUAAAAUAAAACCGGAAUUGAAUGUUGAAAUGAGUAAAAAUAUCGGGCCGAGAACGAGGAGAAGUUUAGCAGAAAGCAGUUUGUUUAAUCCUCCCAACACGACGGGUAAACAUCCGACGGAAGAAUCACCAAAGCCUCCGAAACCAGCUCAAAGAACGUCGAUAACGAGACACAAUUCGACAUCACGUCACGACGUGACGAAAGAAAACGAGAAAAUAUCGAUGCCGGGCAGGAAUUCAAAUAAUUCAGGUAUGAGAGUAAUUAAAACGGAAGAUGGCGGAAGUUUUUCCGUUACGAAAAGAUGUCCUCCGGACGGUUCGAGUUCUCCGAACGAUUACAAUUCAACGAGUUUGGAAAAUCGAAAUUUACCGGACGAUAAAAUACCUAUUUACUCGGUUCCCGUCAAACAACAAUCGAAACUUCAAAAAUAUUUCGGUAGUCCAAAAUUUGAAAAUCACGCCGAUGUACAGACGACGACGACGACGAAUCAUCAAAACGUGGUUAGAAACAGUUCGAUCGGGUCGAACAAAACAAACGAAAUGACGUCACUCGUUAGUCCAAUGCCAAGAAACGUGCAACAAAACGUGAGCGAUGAAAAUAAAAAUCACCAUCGGACCCCCAACACCGCCACGACCGCGGUAAAAGAAUACAAGCCGGUUUUUCCAAAGAGCAGCGCCUCGAAACCAAAUUUCCUUCUAGGUACGUAUCAAUCCCAAGACACCAAAAACAUUCCAAAACCUUCUUCGUCCGUAUUGAAUUCCGUGAACGCGUUCAACAGCACGUUUCUGGCUAAAAAAUCCCAGGGAAACGUUAAAAUGUAUCCGUCAUCAAAAACGACGACGAUGACGUCAACAAAUUGUUCUUCCCAAAAUCGUCGCAAUUUGAAUGUUCGACAAUCUAUGACCGGAAAUUCAUCUCCUUUGGAAAAAUUAACGGAUUCUCCAUCGGGACUUUAUUAA